AUGAUUGUUGAUAAAUGUUUCAUAUCAUUUACUCAUAGAACUUCAAAUUCAUAUUUGGGUUGUUUUGUUGAUCGAAUUGGUAAACGUGAUCUGAGUACAUUUAUUAGUGAUUAUGAACAAUUAACCCCAAAACAAUGUAUUCUUGCAUGUCAAGAACAAAAUUUUCCUUAUGCAGGUAUACAAUAUGGUAAUGAAUGUCGUUGUGGUCGACAAUAUGGAAAAUAUGGUCAAGUAUCCGAUGAUGAAUGUACAUAUAAUUGUUCAACAUCAGAAAAAUGUGGUGGUCAUAAUCGAAAUAGUAUUUAUAGUGUAUUUAAUUCAAUCGAUACAUUUACUACAGGUUGUUAUUUAUAUAUUCUUUGUUUCACUGAAAAAGAAAGACGAUUGUUUAAUUUAGGUUAUGCUUGUCAAAAUAACUUAAUUGGCUAUCAAGGAUGUUUUGAUAGUAUAACAUUGAAAAUAGGAAUGGAUAUUGUAUAUUCAAUUGAACAAUGUGUUAAAUAUUGUUCUAUAAAAUAUGCUUAUGCAGGGAUUAUGAAUGGUAACUUAUGUCAUUGUGGAAAUGAUUUAAAUCAAUCAUCAUUAAAUUCGAAUUUAUGUAAUAUUCGAUGUAAUAAAAGUUCACAUGAUAUGGCUAUUGAUUGUUGUGGUGGUCUUCAUGUACUUAGUGUUUACAAUAUAAAAAAUUAUCUAGCAAAUGAAAGUACCUACGCAUCGUCACCUACAACUGCGGAAAGUUCGACAUCAUUUAAUAUAACUUCAAUAUCGGUGAAUGAUUCAAUAUCAUUAUACACUGUAUCAGUAACAGCAGUUACUUCACAACCAGCAACAAUAACAAGUUCUCCUUUAUUAAUCUCGUCUUUAUCAAAUUCCACAAUUACAAACAGUUCAAGUACACAUACUAAUCAGCCAUUUUCAUUCACUAUUAGUAAUAUAAAUAAUAUAUACACCUCAGUUUAUUCAUCAUUGAUGAUGUCCAAUGUGACAUCUACUAUACCUAUAUCAUCAAUAAACACUAUAAAAACAAAAAAAAUAUCUAAUAUGUCACAGUCCUCUACUAAUUCCAUAACUUACGCUGCGAGUUCAUCUAGAAGUAAUUCAAUAUCUUCAAUCAAAUAUAAUACUAAUACGUUUUUAUUGUUUAAUACCUAUACAAGUGAAUAUAUAGGUAGCUCAAUAAAAACAAAUACUGAUACUGUAGUAUCAACUUCAUCUACUGCAUUUACAAAUCAAACAUCUUCCCAUACAGAUACUACUAUUUCUUUUACUCCCCUCAAUUCUAUUCCAUACAGUAGCUUAAUAACUUCAAACACAAUAUCCGUCACAUUAACUUCCAUAAAUAUGAAUACGAUACCAAACAGUACUUUAUCAUAUCCUACUGAAUUCAGUUCAAAUAAUGACAACCAAUCAAUAAGUUCUAUCAAUAGUGGAGGUUCAAUAACUAAAACUAUAAUUAAUGUACCAACUGCAUCUCAAUUGAUAUCUACUAUUUCUACUUCAUCAUCCCAAACAUCGACAAUUCCUAUCUCAUUGAAUUCUAUUUUUUCAAGCACUGUAGUAUCUAAUAUUUCAUCAAGUUUUGCUUCAAUAAUGAGUAUUGAAUCUCAUAGUGCUUUACCUCUAAUAUCAACACAAUCUAACCAAAUGACAAUGAUGCCUAUAUCACAACAAAACGUAACUACUCAAAUAACACUUUCUACACAAUCAUCAGUCAUAAGUACUGCAAUGAUUACAAGUGCUAGUAACUUAUCUACAACAAUAACAACAGCAAAUCAAACAGUUAAUUCAACAUCGAGUACAACAACUAUUUCUACUUCUCAAAGAACAACAGUAGCUGCAUCAUAUAGAAUAUCAAUAAUAAUUAUUGUUCCAUUUAAUCAAAAUUUCACUCCAUCUGAUAACAAUACUAUACAAUCGAUUCGUCAAGGAUUAAUUCGAGUGAUAAACUUUGCUUUUAAUUGUCUAUCUAAUUCACCUUAUCCGAAUUGUACACAAUCUAAACUACGUGUUAAACGUCAAAUAUGUUCAAGUGGUUAUGACGUUAAUUUGGUUUCAGAUAUAACACAAAUUUCUAAUGAUACUUCAAGAAAAUAUACGGUAGAUUACUCUGUUAUUGAUUUAUGCCGUUCAGGUGUCUUAUUGUCACCUAUUCAAGUUAAGACAGCUACAGAUGUAUUAUCGCGUGAACAAAUCAUAAGUGCACUUGGUUAUGAUUAUGAUGGUGCAUUAAUAAGAAGUACAACUAUUGAUAGUAAACAAACUCCAGAAACCGAUCGUAAACUAUGGCUUAUUGGUGCUAUUCUUGGACCGAUUGCUUUUGUUUUAUUAUUGAUCUUCGUAUUUUGUUAUCUUCAUUAUAAAUGUCGACCACGACCAACGAAUCGAGCCUUAGCUAAACCUGUUUAUAAUGCCCCACCGACAUCAGCUCGAUCAACAGUAAGUUAUUUAAGAAACUUGUCGAUGAGCAGAAGAUUUUGUUGAGCUCGUUUAUAUCAAGAUUGAAAUUUUCACUUUCACUUCAUGAAAUCAUGAGUUUUUUUUAUCGUGAUCCCAGUUAAAAACAAAAAUUUAGGCCACGUUUCAGGAUUAUCUUGCCCACAUUCAUUAAUAACUAUAAAUGUAAGAAGAUCAGUUUGUUUAGCUUGAGUUUCGAUUUUUACCAAGAAGAUUAGAACUAAAAUUGACCAUUCAUAUAUGUAUAAUUCAUAGUACUGAUUAUAUUCAACAGAUUAAUUAAUAAUAAAAACCAAAGAAAAACAACCAAGACUUUGGUAUUCCGAAGUCUCGUUUUUGUGUACUCAAAAAGUGAGUACACUCUAGAAUCGGUCAGUGUGUUCGACCGUCCGUUUACACGAUAACUUUUGAAAGGAGAGUUCGAUCGCGAUGAGAUUUUCUACACAGUUCAGUCUUAACAAUGUCUCGGUCAAUUUCGAAUAUGAGAAGAAUUGACCGAACCGUUUCUGAGUUAUUGCAAAAAUACUCAUUUUUCCCUAUGGCUUCCUGUGGGAAAAUCGACCAUUCCUCGUUUUCGUAAAACAAUUUUCCUAUCAUACUCAAACAAAACCCCAACUAUUAUAUACCAUUCGAUAGAGAAUUUAAUGAGCUACCAAAUGGUAUAUAAAACAUAAAGAAACAAGAAGGCUAACUCACCUAUUGCAAAGAUAAAUAAACGGAAAUCGGUUCUGUUCUUGUCCACACUCUAACUGAUCCACAAAUAGAGCACUAUCUUCCGAUAAGAGGUGAUGCUUGAAGGUUUUCUGGAGUGGAGAACUCGAAUCUGUACUCCACUUGUUUCGAAGGCCUGUUGGUUAAGCACUGACCAAUAGAAAUCAAGUUAUAGAAAAA